AUGGAGCCGAGUGCCCCCAGCAGCCUCCUUCGCGCCCUAACCACGUGGAAUACCUGGGGCGUGCCCUUCGCCUCGCCCCUGCUGUUCCACCGCUUUGGCAAGUGGCGUGCCUUCCAUGACCAGCAGCUUCUGAAGUUCCUCGGCGAGGACAGGGGGGACAGGGACUUGCUGGUGUGCUGCUUUCAGGAGGUCUGGAGCUUCCCCCGGGGGCCUCUCAUGGAGUGCACGGCCCGCAUGGAUCCUGACAGGGUCACUGCAAAGUGGGAGCGGUUUGUGCUCAUCCUCGGUAUCCUCUGCCGUCUCUUCUCUUGCUGCACAUGGGAUGCGGCUCAGAAGCUCUUUGAGAAGCGGGAGCCCAACGCUUCACGGAUUGAGUAUGCGGUGGUGGUGGGCAACAAGGGGAAGAGCCUCGCCUGGAAUUCCCUGGUGGACUCCGGCCUCUGCAUCCUCGCCACCCAAGCGCCCGCAGACACGGGCUUCCGCGCCUACCGAAACUACCCCGACGGGCUCCAUGAGGAGCGCCUGGCCAACAAGGGCAUGCUCUGGGCCUUCUGGGGCCCUUCCCGAACUUCCCACCAAAGUUCCCAAAGUUCCCAAAGUUCACAACAGGGGCUGCUGGUGCUGAACACGCACUUAUCCACCAGGGGUGCGGUCAAGCGGAGGCAGCUCCAGGAACUGGGCUCCCUGACUGCAGAGCUGCGCAGCAGGCUCCUUACAUCUGUAGCAGUGCUCGAGGUCUAUCUCUGUGGGGACUUCAACCUGGAUCCCAAGUGGGACACGGACUUCGAGGCCUGGUACAAGGAGCUUGGCUUCCAGCGCAUCACGACAGGCAAGCCGACCAACGCAGGGCAGAACACUGCCCUGGACCACAUCUUCGCGUGGCGCUCCGACGACCAGAGCGUGCCUCACCUGGUAUCUGAGCCAGUUCGGCCCUGGGUUCAGAAAGGCAGAUUCACUACCUGCGCCUGUGAGCGGGAUGACAUCUCAGAUCACUGCUGGCAAGGCAUGGCCGUGCCCAGGCAGCCCAAGUAG